AUGGGAAGGUUUGGGGGCGGAGCGUUUGGCUGCUGAGGAAGAGGCUGGCAUGGCUGCCCUCCGCUACCUCUGGUGUGUUUGGAAGGGCUAUAGCAUCAUGAAAGCCUAUGGAAUAGUUUUACUAUUAAUCACAGAUAUUUGCCUGAAAUCUGUUCACGGUAAGGGGUACUUGAGCUCACCGCAUGUGGGCCAGGAAGCCUUCAGUAGAGACGCGCAGUAUAGUCCUGUCAUCACUAGUCCAGUGGUACCCGCUGUCUCCUCCGCUUCUCCUGUUCAACCAAAUGGUGAUACCUCCAAGUGUCCCAGUGGUGGGCUAUGCAGCAAACUUCCUGCAGACUGUGUUACAUGCAGUUACCAAGAGUACAAACUGUCCAACUGUAGCUAUGGAAGACCUGCAUCUUUUUCUUGCAAGUCCAACAAGGGUGUCCAUUGCACAGAUGAAUCGGGUAAACAGCAGACAGAAUUUAACCAGACCAUAGCAUGUCAAUUCUGCUGGCAACUGGACCCAUCUCAGUACCGCUGCAAGAACGAAACCAACUGCAUGACAGUGGCUUGCCCACGCAGGCGAUACAACACCACCUGCAAAGUGUUGGAUCACGUCCACUGCUUGGGGAAAAGAGAGUUCAAGAAGCGUUUGUUCUGCAACUGGACCGGGGGAUACAAGUGGUCUACAGCACUGGCAUUAAGCAUCACCCUGGGUGGUUUCGGUGCCGAUCGGUUCUACCUAGGCCAGUGGCGCGAGGGCCUGGGCAAGCUCUUCAGCUUCGGCGGCCUGGGUAUCUGGACGCUGAUAGACGUGCUCCUGAUCGGAGUGGGCUACGUGGGGCCGGCAGACGGCUCCCUCUACAUCUGAUUGGCUGGCCCAGCGCGAGGUGGACUGGUUGCAGGAGGUGGUGAGGAAUGCGGUGGGUGGGGGACAGUGGAACGACGGCGCGCCAGGUCUUUGGAUCUCUUGUCCAGUCCCCCCAGGUCACUUUAGACUCCUCUCUCUCUCUCUCUCUCUCUCUCUCUCUCUCUCUCUCUCUCUCUCUCUCUCUCUCUCGCGCUCUCUUUAUUUAUCUGUAUCUCUUUCUCCCUCUCUGUAUGGACUCUCUCUCUCUAUGCGCAAGAGAUCAAAUGAGAUCCCUGUUAGCACAUGUCUGGCCAGCCAAGCUCCCACCGCAACAGCCUCCUGCUCCCAUCUGCCCUCUGAGAGGACUCGGAGCUCCGCUUGUCUCCACUGCGGCCCACGCGUGUCAAAACAGCUCCCCCUCCACUUCACGUCACCCUUCCCCUCCCCCUCCCCCAAGCUUUGUGGUGGGUCACUCGCGGAGAACUGCUCCAGGAUGGGGCCUGAGCGUGCAAUGAGUCUUUUAAGUCAUUGGUUAUAUGCAUUAUACAUUCCCGUGAGGGGAAUGCCAUUGAGGAUUUACACUGAUGGGGGUGCCAUAGAUAUUGUUUGCACAUCAGAGUUUGUGAAGCGACUGCCACACGGUUGAACCUGAAUGUGAGUUGCCCGCUGAGAACUCAAGUGAUGGUUGGUUGUUAAUGUUUUUAUUUAUUCGUUGUGGGCUGUGUGACUGGAAUGACUUUUCCAUGGCAGUAUGAAGGACGCUGAAGCACCAUAUAUGGUUUAUGUUAAAUACUCACGGAAGACAAACUCCAAAUGCAUGACCGGUCAGUGAUGAUAAAUGGAACAGAUGUUAUGGAUGCUCUCCUUUAUUCUGGUGCACUGAUACUUACACAGAUCUGCCAAGGCAUGCUGUAGUGUUCCUCCAGUGUCUUUUUGUGUUGUUGUUUUCUACUUCUAAGGAAAUUUAAUGUUUUCUGUUGAACUGUUAAAAUGCUCUUAUUUUGUAUGCAGAAAAACAAUCGAGUUAAGACGUGAUUCAAUUAAUGGUUAUGAUCCAUUGCGCUUGUGUGCAUGGUUAAGUACAUAACUGAUCAAAAAAUAAUUACUGUCAGGCAUCACAUGUUAUCACAUCUUGUCACAACAAGUUUUAAGAUUAAAUAAACUCUUGGUUAUGUUUCA